CUAUCUAUCAUAUCUGGAGCCAUGUACAAGAAGGGGAGAUUAGUUGGAUGCAAUAAUGGUACUGCUAAUAAUGGAGCCAUAGCUCAGUUUGGAUAUGUUGAGACUGAUCCAUCUGGAAGAUAUGGCCGUUUCAGAGAUGUUUUGGGGAAAGGAGCAAUGAAGGUAGUGUAUAGGGCAUUUGAUGAAGUGCUCGGAAUAGAAGUGGCUUGGAACCAAGUCAAACUUGGUGAUGUUUUUCAUUCACCAGACCAAUUACAACGUCUUUAUUCAGAGGUCCAUCUUCUCAAGAACCUUGACCAUGAAUCAAUCAUGACCUUCCAUGACUCUUGGAUCGAUGUCCACUCUAGAUCCUUCAACUUCAUCACUGAAUUGUUCACCUCUGGCACCCUAAGAGAGUAUAGAAAGAAGUACAAGAGAGUAGAUAUAAGAGCAAUUAAGAAUUGGGCAAGGCAGAUUCUAAGGGGAUUGGAGUAUUUACACAGCCAUGAUCCACCAGUGAUUCAUAGAGACAUAAAAUGUGACAACAUAUUUGUGAAUGGGCAUUUGGGUGAGGUCAAGAUUGGUGACUUAGGCCUUGCAGCAAUUCUUCGUGAUAGUUCACAACACGCACACAGUGUCAUUGGUACACCGGAAUUUAUGGCACCUGAAUUGUAUGAAGAGGAAUACAAUGAGCUUGUUGAUGUCUAUUCAUUUGGGAUGUGUAUGAUUGAGUUGUUCACUUCUGAGUUCCCAUACAGUGAAUGCUCCAACCCAGCUCAAAUUUACAAGAAAGUUACUUCAGGGAAGCUACCAAAUGCCUAUUACAGAAUCAAUGAUUUGGAGGCCCAAAGAUUUAUUGGAAAGUGUUUGGCAAAUGUCUCAGACAGGCUGCCAGCAAAGGACCUUUUGUUGGACCCAUUUUUGGCAAUGGACCAACUUCACUCACCACUACAAAGCCCAAGCCCAAGAUCAAGCCCAACAUUACUCAAUUUCAAUGCCAAAGAGAAGAAGAAACCUUCAAUCAUGACUGAAGAAACAAAGGGCACACACAUGACAAUAACAGGCUCCAUGAAUGAAGAGGAUGACACAGUUUUCCUUAAAGUUCAAAUUUCCAACCAAAGUGGGAGCACAAGAAACAUAUACUUCCCAUUUGACACCAUAAAUGACACAGCCAUUGAUGUGGCAAUGGAGAUGGUUAAAGAACUUGAAAUUAGUGACUUGGAACCAAUGGAGAUUGCUGAAAUGAUAGAAGAAGAGGUAUCAGCUUUGGUUCCAACAUGGAGGGACUUGGGAAAUUCUAUUAAGUAUCAAAGACAACAUAGCUUUAGCUAUGAACAAGAAGAAGAUGAUUAUGAUGAUGAUGAUGAUGAUGAUGAUGUUAGCAAUAAUCACAAUCCUUUCUUCUCAUUGUCUUCUCCCUCUUCCUCUCAUGGUUCUCUCCCAAUGCUUUACCAAAAUAUUACACAAAUUGGUGGAAACCAUUACCCACUUUCUCAUGAUUUGCCUCAAGAUGAUCCCCUUAUGAAUGAUGAUGCAAGCUCUCAAAGUUCUUUGGAUUCCUUCAAGUAUUCCCAUUUACACUACUUGGACGCAAGCAAUGAAGAUAAUGAUCAUGUUUCAACUCUUCUAACUAUCAACAACAAGUGCACAAGAUUUUGCCCUAGAGAAGAGGUGGUGGAGGCUGAUUUCACCAACCAGUUUUGCAACAUGAGAAUGGAUCCUUGCAGUAGGUACCAUAAGGCUAUGGUAGGGCAUGGAUUCCCAAGACUAACUAGGAUUCAAUCAUAUGUUGAUGUGAGGAGGCAACAAAUACAGACAUCAUUGGUGGAGGAGAUACAUAAAAGAAGGAUGUUCAAGACUGUUAAUGCCAUUGAGAACAUUGGAUUUCAGAAUCCCAAAUGAGUCAUCAACGUUUUCAAAGCUUGGUUUUGUCACACUCUAGUGACUUGGUUGUUUUCAAAAGUUGAA